UCUUUUUUUUUUUUUAAUAAGGGUGAUAUAGGUACUACUGAAGGGAUUCGAACCUGGGACCUCCAGGUUCAAGGCUAGUAUUAUUACCACUAGACCAAUCCCUUGUUCGUAAUGGUCAAUCUAUUUCUUUGUACCCGACUACGAGUCGGUUCUUUGAUUCUCAGACCUGACUGAAUUACAGUAUGUAACUGUCUCUUUUAUUCAAUCAAUGUGAUUUUCUUUUGUAAAAAAAAAAAUUUGGUCAAUCUAUUAUAUUUAUAAUUAAAUGGCUCGGAGGGCAAGCGGUUACCUCAAUGCUUAUAUUUGUUUCGUACUAAGCACGAACCAGGUCAAGUAAUACCUGCGUGGAUAUGAGGAAGGGAGGGUGGGUCGACCCAUUUUUAUAUGUUAUUUAAAAAAAGAACGCCGAUAUAUUUAACUAUUUUACAGAAAACAUAGAUAAAAACACUUCAUAAAUGAAUGAUAAAUAUAGUAGAAGAAAUAAUUGAGUCUAAGUAGCUGAAAGAUAAAAUUUUAAAUUUCUUUGGGAUGAAAAUAUGAUUUUAUAAAGGUUAAAAUAGGAGAAAUACAUGUAGAUAUUGAUGCAAAUUAUGAUAGAACGGGGCGGGACGUGACAGUGACAGACAGGUCGAAAUCUAUACUCAUGCCCUGCUCCACAGUUCACACUGCUGCAGACGGUAAUACUCACUCCAAACUAGGGGUGGCAGUCGGUCGGUUUCGGUUUAAUCAAAAACCAAUUUCUCGGUUAUCGGUGAAACUGAGCCGCCUCCCAGAGCUGCCGACCGUGAGAAGACGACGGUUAAUCUACCACCGACCAGCCGGUUUUUCGAAUUUGGUUCGGUUAGCCGUGGUAACCGGAAUGGCAGACGAGAUGGUCGGUUUCAGGCGAGCCAAUGAGUUAAACGAGGCGAUGGUGCGGCAGAGGGGCGUGGUCAGGGCGAUGGGGCGAGGGCGCCAGCGAUGUCGCGGUUGAUCGGCGGAGGGUUGCUGGAGCAGGCAGGGGAGGGACACGACGGUGGUUGCUGGAUUUGGGAGGUCGGCGUGGGUCGGCAGGGGAGAGCUGUGGAGGAGACGGCGAGGCGAUGGUGGACGGCUGGGAGUAGGCCGUGGUGGAGGAGACGACGAGGCAAUGGUGGACGGCGGACGACACUGGUGGUGAGGAGUGAGAAGAAGAGUUCGGAGGGUGAAGGACGGCGGGAGUGGAGGGUGAGUGGUGAGGGUGCAAGGUCGGCAAAGAGGUAGGGUUUGAGAUUUUUUUUUUUUUUUACUUUUCUAUCAUUGAAACGGCGUCGUAUGAAUAUCGAUCGGUUAGUUCGGAUAACCGAGUUUCGGUUACUCGGUCAACCGAGACUAUCCUCACCAUCACCGACCACCGACCGCAUCAAUUAACCGUCGGUUUUCAGUUAGCUGUUAAUCGGCGGUUAUCGGUUAAACCGGUCGGCUAACCGCUAGCCGAAAACCGAACUGCCACCCCUACUCCAAACAGGUCAGAUAGCAUUUUCUUACUUAGGGUAUGUCGUACCCUAGAUUUUACAUAAGAUGCGAUAAAAAAAGCUAUCUAGACCUUGAAUUAAUACGAUUUUUGGGCAAGAUAAUAUAUCAUAAUCCUUGAUGAGUGAAUUCUAGGUCUUACUUAUCUAAAUCAUAGAGGUUAACUCCUAAGAUUGUGCAUAUAAUUUGUUGCAUAUAUUUUGAUGAAUCAUAAUCGUCAAUUGUUGUUUGUAAAUAAUUUGAUCUUACUGUAUGAGAUUUAUAGAACCGAGACAUAGUUUUUAAUCUUUAAGUGUUUGAAAAUAAUACCAUAUGCCAAACUCUGAUCAAUUCAAGGUCUAAAUAUCAUUUUCUUACUCAAUGUAUGUCAUACAUUUAAUUUUAUACCAGUGGAAUAAAACCAUAUAUAUGAUAAAAAUUUAAUUUGACAUUGUCAAUGAUUUUAAUGGUAAUCAAUAUUGAUUAGUGGCAGACACGUAGAUGGUGAGGUUGGGCCAAGUCAUCACCAUAGAUAUUUGGAGGCUGAUUUUGACUUUAAAUAUCGACCACAGACACCAUAGAAUAUAUAUGCGUGUCACCUUCUUGACCCACACGAAUUAGCAUUAUUUAAUCAUGUGUUUUGCUUUCAUUUUCAGAUUACAUAUUAAUUAGGACAGUUGAUUACCAGGUCGGCUAAUCUUACUGGCAAGAAAGAAAAAAAAACAACUAAACAAGUCCACUAAUUAAUCCCUUUCACCUUCUAAACCAAAUAAAAACAUAUACACACACUAGCUUUUGUCCCUCUCGCAAAUGUGUAUGCUCAACCUUAUGACCAAACCUAGAGUGAGGUUUAAGGUGUUCAUAUGUGCCUUGGUUGGACUAUAAUAAUUUCUAAAGAAGAAGAUAUGACUUCAAUUAAUAAAUCAUAUCUCGAUUCAAACCCUAAUAUUGUAACACCUUCAGAUGAUGGAAGAGAUUAAAGACUGAAGAAGGAUCAAAUAUUUGAUUAAACCAUUCGGCCCUAGUCACUAGAUCUCAUCAUUUUACCUUACAUAAUUAAAUCUUGAUGACAUGGAAACCAAAACCCAUAAAUUAGGAUGAUCGGACAUCAACCAUGCACAAAAUUGCUCUUGGAGGCGAUAUGACCCCGAUGCAGUUUCCAACAAAAAUAUUAAUUAACAAUUUGAUUUCUAUAUUAUUACUUAUUAGUAAGAAAUCUUGUUGGAUUUUCAAGCAGGGCGCAAUUUGUUCAAGGAGGUGAAACAUCCUUGUAACGGUUUAUUAUCAAGUACUACAAAUAAGAUCGGGUCAAGAUGAAAUAAAUGAAAAUCUGUACACAUGUGAGUUAUUCUUCUAAGAUAAAUCCUAAUUAUCAUCAUCAACGACUAUUAUAGUAGAGAUAAGUUUACAAUAGUUCCAAUACCAUCUAUAUGCCAACACGAAUCCGAUGGUCCCAAACUCGACCGAGAUAAACAAUAACCCUUUUGAUAAGUAGUAAAUAUAUACAUAAAUAUCUCAUUUUCUGAUAUGUACAAAAUUUACAGUACGUAAAAAAGAAGUGACAAAAAUCGCUACCAAACAAAAUGUCCUGUGUCACUUUUUUCUGCCUUGUGAAAGUAGGCAACCCCUUUCUACCUUAGAUCAAACAAAGGCCAACAAAUGGAAGCCAAAUCAAAUUUGAAUAAACUG